AAGAAACUGUCAUCGUAGAAUGAAUACAUUCAAUCCAUUCAACUUUCUAAACGUAUAUAUGUAUGCAUACAUAUGUGCAUAAGUAAUAAUAAUAAUAAAAGUAUAACUUCUUCUGUAGAAUCUGUUCACGGCAGUAUUAAUAUACAUACAAAAAUUGUUUACAAUUAUCCAAGAAGUGGGAAUAAAUUUCGAAAUUUUAUGUACAAAUUGAUUUUGAGAAAGGGAUAAUGCGGGAUAUAAUCAUAAUAUUCAACGCAAAAUGAGCACUGAAAUACGUAAGUGGACACUGGAAGAGACUUUCGAUUUAUUGAGUUUUUACCGUGAGCUUCGAGUAUUGUGGGACCCAUCGAAUCGAGAUUAUGGCCUAAAAUCGAAGAGAGCAGAGGCAAUCUCUGUACUAGCCGAUAAAUUUGACACCACUGGCUCGGAAAUAAAUCGGAAAAUUCAUAACUUGAGAUGCCAAUUCAAUGGUGAGAUCAGAAACUUUAACCGAAGAAAAGUAACUACUAUGGGUGAAAAUAAUAAAUGUGUCAGCAAUUGGAUAUUCUUUGAUAUAAUGAAAGAAAUCAUGGGAUUCUCGGAAACAAAUGCGAGGCAUCAAAUUCCAAAACGAAAUUCAAACUAUUGUAAACACUUGGAGAUGAACUCAGCUUUUACUGACCAAUCGCCAACACAUAUAGACUCAUAUCCGCAGUUAAAUCAAUCUGUAUCGCUAGACAUCCAACCGCUGGACGAUUGUAACCUCUUAUUUGGACAAUACGUAGCCAAUGAAUUACGUUAUUUGAAAGUGAAAAACCAACAAAUAGCAAGAGUGCGCAUAAAACAAGUAUUGGCAGAACUAAAACGGAUGUAGAGCAAUAAAUCCAAUUUACACUAAA